UUGACAUCCUAAGGACCCCAUCCUCACUCAUUUGGCAAGAAAGCCAAAAAAGAAAAUCUCACCCCUCUCUCCCUCACCCCCCAUCUCGGCCAGCACCCAAGAAAGAAGCAAGAGUAAUUUUCCAUCCUCCAUUCUCCAUCUUUGAAGAGAGCUCAAGCUUAAGGAGUCCAAAAGGAGGUCUUUGAGAAGGAAAAAGUGAGGAGAAAGUGAGAAGGGUUAAGGGACUUGACUUAAGCAUUUUUGAACCUCGCCGGAGUUUCGCCGGAGUUGGUCAAAGUUCACCGGAGUUGGUCAAAGUUCCACCGGGAAGCGGAGAACGCGCUUAAGCUCACUCGAGUUUCAGGUAGGGAGUAGAGCUUGCUACUACCACUCGUUGCUUCGGGGAAUUCAAGGAGGAAGGCGGGUUUCAGGUAGGGAGUAGAGCUUGCUACUACCGCUCGUUGCUUCGGGGAAUUCAAGGAGGAAGGCGGGAAAUGGAACGUACCGGUAGAAUUACUCGACGGAACCCGACUGGCCAGGCACUGGGAGGAUCCCAACGUGGCAGUCGGGGGGGAUCAAGAGAGUCUAGGGGACAGGGCCGUGCAGGCCAUUCGUUGACCGUGAGUGACGGUCACGUGGAAACAAUAGAUGAACACUAUGAGUCCGAGGAGGAUUCAACUUACCAACCGGGAACUGAGCCGGUUGAGACCCCAUAUGAUGGGGAACACGACGAUGCUAGUGAUGAGAGUGAUGAUAAUAUCGCUCUUGAACGGAUUGAGGAAUUGCUCCGGCAAUAUCAACAAGAUCGCCAAAGGCGCCGGGCAAGGCGUGCUUUGGAAGGGGCUUCGAGGAGAGGAAGCCGCGCGACUCCUAGGGAGAGCAUUGAACUCCGAGGAGGUCGAGGUGCUGAGGUUCCUAUCAUAAGAAUCUCAAAGUACCUAAAGGAGGCGAGAGACUUGGGAUGUAAACCGUUUGAUGGAACGGGAGACAUCUCCGUGGCGGCCGAGUGGAUCAAGAGAUUCAAUGAAGCGGCCCUUGACAUGCAACUGCCACCCCACAUGAAGAUGAGAGUGGCAACAAGAUUGCUUGAAGGCAUGGCGUCCACGUGGUGGGACGGAGUCAAAGGGAAGUACGGCGAGGCCGUCACUUGGGAGAACUUUAGGCAAGAAUUCUUUAGCCAAUACUACUCCGACUUCGAGGUGAACUUGAAGAGGAGGGAGUACACGAAUUUGACCCAAGGAGGGGAAUGCACGGUGAAGGAACUUGAGCACAAGUUCAGGAAACUUGCUGAGUUCAUACCGGAGUACAUUUGUGACGAAAACCGGAUGGUGAACCAUUUCUGGGAUGCCUUAGACCUUGACAUACGCGAGAGGGCAACACAAUUGCCUAAUAUGACGUUUAGUCAAGUGGUUGAACAAGGCUUGAAGGGAGAAAAAGAGUGGGAGGAAAGAAAGCGAAGGAACGCCGAAGAGGCGAAGAAGAGGAAAUGGGAGAACCAUGGCCCCCAAGGUUCUAACAAAAAGGGGAACCACGGGGGAGGGGGAUCGUUCAGAGCGCCGGCACCGCCAUCCAAGGGAAACUCGGCCUUCGGCGGGCACAACUCGGGCUCACAAGCCUCAACGGCGCCCAGGUGCAGAAAUUGCAACCGGAGCCACGCCGGUAAGUGUCGUGAUCCACCACGGUGUUACCAAUGUGGGGACACGGGGCAUACUAAGCCAAAUUGCCCUCAACUUGGUAGGAACCGAGGAGCGGGAUCAAGCGGCGCUACUACGGCAAGUAGGAGCCGAACCGGAGCACCUCAUGCUAGUACGGGCCAAGGGGGAGCAAGCACGAGCAAUGCGCCGUCCGUUAACCAAGGAAGGACCCAAGCAAGGGUCUACGCAAUGACGGAGGCGGAUGCCCGAGCUAACCCAGAUUCGGUUGCAGUUUCAGGUAGGGAGUAGAGCUUGCUACUACCGCUCGUUGCUUCGGGGAAUUCAAGGAGGAAGGCGGGGUUCGUACUUCUCCUGUUUCUGUUUUGAAAACAAUUUAAAUAAUGCUCAUGGAUAUUAUUUCGAAUAUUUAUUUGGGGGCUUGUAUGCCCGUGGUUGCCACGUGUGGCUUGAAUAUUUGUAAUUAUGUUUCCGCUGCUUAAUUAAAUCUUUUACGUUAUGAUUGUUUAUGGAUGUACUAUGUGUGAAUGGUAUUCAAGACGCCUAGUAUAGUAUGGAUGAGUUGGACUGCGGUUGACUAUUCGUACUGUACGGCGGGUUGUUGACGUGUCCGGUAGGUCCGGGGCGUGACAGGCGAGGUCAUGGGUGAUGGAGAUGGGGCAACUACAUGUUUUAGUACACUUGCAGUGACGAAUGCUGAUGGAGGAACUGAGAGAGCUGCAAGAGCUCAGAGCGGCGGAGUAGCAAAAAUGGUAACCGAUUCAACUUUACUUUCGUGGAGAUAGAUCGAGCAUCUGUAUGUUUUAGAACACCUACCCUGCAGCGAGAAUAUGUUGAUGGAGGAGUGGCGAGAUCUGGUAGAGGAGCCGGAAUGUAACACCGUCC